UUGUACUGUCUGAUAAUAAUUUCAAUGCAUCUUGUCAUUAAAUCAUUUUUUAGCUGGUGGCAGUAAUGCAUGUGGACAAUUUUCUGUGUUCCUAGAUCCUAUUCUUCCUUAAGCAGUAACUGAAUAACACUAGUAUUGAAAUAAAUGAAGAAAAGUAAAAGCUCUCGAGAGUUGUUGAACUGGAAUGACUCUACAGGAGUAUUAGCUACUGAGAAUUCAGGUCUGAAGUUGAACCAAUGGAUUGUACAGCUGCAAGAAGGACACAAAAGGCUGACCGAGAAAAGCUAAGGAGGGAUCGACUCAAUGAACAAUUUGUAGCGCUGGGCAACAUUUUAGAUCCUGAUAGGCCCAAAAAUGACAAAGCAACCAUUAUAGGUGAUACCAUUCAAUUGCUAGAGGACCUUACUUCUCAAGUUAGUAAACUUAAAGAUGAAUAUGCUGCACUAACUGAAGAAUCUUGCGAGUUGGCUCGCGAGAAAAUUGAUCUUAGAGAAGAAAAGACUUCUCUUAAAUCGGAUAUUGAGAAGUUGAAUUGUCAGUAUCAGCAACAGCUCAGGACUGUGUCUCCAUGGACUGCAAUGGAUCAUUCAGUGAUGGUAGUUCCAUCAUCAUAUCCAUAUCCAGUGCCAAUGCCAAUACCUCCUUCUCCAAUUGCUAUGCAGCCAUACCCCUUCUAUGCUAAUCAACAUUCUGCUAUUAUCCCUAGCCCUUGUUCAACUUAUGUUCCUUGUUUAGUCCCUAAUACCCUUGUUGAACAGCAAUCCAUCCAGCACAUAGCCCCACCUCUUCAUCCAGGUUUCCAGUCCCACAUGUCGGGUAAACAAGACUCCAGAAACAAAUGCAAGGAGAGCAUGGUUGAAAAACAUGAGGAUUCAAAUGAUGUCACUGCAGACCAGACUUACGGGUCUUCUGCAGACCAGGACUUGCCAUCUGGGAAAAUAAAAUCUAGCGAAUUGUCAAGGAGGCAAAGCAGUUGCGCUGAAGUGAGUUCGUUAGGUAGGUGCUCUUCAUCUAGUAGUGUUCAGGAGAGUUCAUCAAGUAGUGUAGUUCACGAACACAAAGGCUAGUGAGUGAGAAAGGGAACAAUCUGAGUCAAGUGCUUAUUUCUUUGGAAUUGAAGUCAUGAUGGGGUUUCUCCGGUGUUUAGCUCCUACUACUGCCCGGAGGUACAAGACCCUUGUUUUCUUGAAAAAAAUCACUUCUGACUUCUCUCCGAGACUAGGAUUUUAUUAAAAUUUGGAUUAAAUACUAUAUGAAUAAGCUUUUCCUUGUGGGUAAAAGCUUGUCAAAUCUGGUUUAUAUACCUAUUCUUGUAAAAAAUUAAAAUUGCAGCCGAAAAACCUUCCAACUUGAUUGGUGUGGCUAAUGAAUGUGUAGGGUUUGUAAAUCACUUCACCUCUUGACCUUUGACCGGAAAUUGUACUUAUAUUAUGAGAAAUGCUAGUUAUACACUCUUUCUAAUA